AUGGCGGUCAACUUGCAGCACCAGGAUUACACAGAUGAAAAUCUAGCAAACAUCAUAGAGAGCUCUUGGAAUGAAUGGUUUUCUUACGACGAUGUCAAGACCCUAUUUGAAUCUGGUGAUCAACUCCAAAUUUCAACUGAACCGAUCAAGACAUCUCCAGAAGGAUUGUACCUCUAUGGAAGUGAUGGCAAUAUAGAUGAAUUAGAAUGGGAUGAAGAAGAUGCCGUUGUUGCUUGGGAGGACAACGAAGUGGUCAGAGAAGUAGUCAUCUUGUGCAGAGCUUCGUACAAUGUCUUUGAAACUCUUCCAGUGAAGAGGACUCUUGAAAGAAGGAGGUAUGCGUCGGCAAACUUUCAGAAUCACUGCCUAGUUCACUAUCGGGUAAUACACGAGGAAGUCAAUGCUCAAGAUGUUGAAGAAGAAGUUGAAGACCCUGAUGAAGACGACGAUGAUUACUAUGACGGAGAGGACGAUGAUGAUGACGGGAGUGGUGGAGACGACGAUGAUGGAGACGGGGGUAGUGGAGACGAAUUUGAAGAAGCUGCCGAAGAUGGUGAUGACUAUCCUCCUGAUAUUGCUGCUCCUGUCGCUGCAGCUGCUUGGGCCAUGGAUCUUGCAGUUGACCACCCUGCUACCGAUAUUGCUCCUGCGGCUGCCGCUUCUCUAAGUAGUUUACAUUCUGAUCUACGUGAUGAUGCCUUGGAAAAAGUAUGUGGCGGUCUUGACAUUCUCCAAGAG